UACGCCUCGUGCCCACUGCACCGUCAGUCAACGGACGUGGGAAGGCGUGGCUGACGGAUGGGGGCGUAGUCUUUGCAGAGGCAUCCGUCAGCCAAUCAAAUCGCUUCCCGCUAACAACAACAAAGCCGGCGGGUUCUUUCCGCUUCUUCCUGCUUGUUGUGUUGUCAUUGCAAGAUGGAUCCCGUUGUAGCAAGGAUGGUGUUGGUUCAGGUUGCUGGUGCUUUGGUCCACCGACGUGGAAAGCAAGUGCAUCGGCGUUGGUGGGUUCACCCCAUUCUCCGGACACGCAACCAGAGAGGGGAGUAUCACGCACUUGUGCAGGAGUUGCGUCUGGAUGCACUCCUAUUCCAUCAAUAUUUUCGGAUGCCUCCGGACUACUUCGACGAGUUGCUUGGCAAGGUCGGUCCUCUCAUUACCAUGGCAGACACACGGUUUCGUUCUGCAAUUGGCCCUGCCGAGCGACUCGCCAUUUGCCUACGGUAUCUUGCCACUGGCGAUUCCUUUCACACGAUUGGCUUCAGCUAUCGUGUGGGCACUUCGUCAGUUUGUAGGAUAGUGCGGGAGGUAGCCAGUGCCAUCUGGACUGCUUUGGUGGAGGAGGAGAUGUCUGUUCCCAAGAGGGCGGACUGGAGCACCAUGGCCGAGCAGUUUGAGUGGCGCUGGAACUUCCCCAACUGCAUCGGAGCGAUUGAUGGGAAGCAUGUUGUGAUACAAGCUCCAGGUAACUCUGGCUCCUUGUAUUACAAUUACAAGGGCACCUUCUCCCUGGUCCUCCUCGCCGUAGUGGACGCCGACUACCUCUUCCGGGUUGUGGAUGUUGGAGGCUACGGCAGGACGAGUGACAGCGGCUCCCUCCGUAACUCCGCGUUUGGGGAAGCUCUUCGCGAUGGCACCCUUGACCUCCCUCCGGCCCGCGUCAUCUCCGGCGCAGAGCAGCGGGGGCCACUUCCUCAAGUGUUUGUGGGGGAUGAGGCGUUCCCACUCAUGACCAACCUGCUGCGGCCAUUCCCUGGACAACAUCACACUCAGGAGAAGCGAGUGUUCAACUACCGCCUCAGCCGGGCUCGGCUGGUAGUGGAAUGUGCCUUCGGGAUCUUGGCAUCUAGGUGGCGCAUGUACCGGCGCGUGAUUGGCACCAGUCCUGAGGUAGCUGAGGUGUGUGUGAGGGCCACCUGUGUGCUGCACAACUUUCUCGAGAGGAAGAAGCUACAGGGGAGAAGACGCGGGGUGGAACCGAACAUCGAGCCAUCGACUGAUCCUGAAGCCCUGCGUGAUGCACCCAGGAUGGGCUCCAACAACGCCAGCAGACUGACCAUCCAGAUGCGGGAGGCCUACUGUGCGUUCUUCAACGAGGAGGGUGCAGUGCCAUGGCAGCCAAGAGCCUAGCAACACAAAGGCUCUUCAACCAAACAGCUCUUUUAAGAGCUACCCAUAUCUUAAGAAAAUAAGCAUAUUCCAACUACACCUGCACCUUCCUAUACCUGCGUAUACAUUGUACAUUUGCUCAAGGUUAAGUUUUAAAAGUAAAUGUAAUAAUGAUUGAUAAUGAUUUGGUUUUGUUUUUCACAGAUGACCGAGCCAGCUUUCAAGAAUCUCUAUUGUCUUUAUGCAAGUGUACUGAAUAAUUAUUAAUGUGCUAAUAUUAAUAUAACAUAAUUCCACUUCCAAAUUAUAAUGUAUUAUAAAAGGAACACAUCACAAUCAAAGUAAAUUUUAUUUAAUUAAGAACACACAGAACAACAGAACAACAAAACGACAGAAACACCAUAAUUUAACACCAUAACAAACAUAACCUCACGCACUCAGUCACUCACUCACUCACUCACUCACUCACUCACUGUCAUUCUCCCUAACCUCCCCCUGUAGCGCCGCCAUAUCUGCCCUGGAGACGAUUUGGUACACCUCGUACCGCACUUGGGCUCUAUUCGCACUGGAGAGCCUUCUCAUGGCUGGGAGGAGGGACAUAAAGAAUGUCUCGUCCUCAGAGGGGGGCUGCGGCUGUGGCUGCGGCUGUGGCUGUGGCUGUGGCUGUGGUUGCGGCUGUGAGGCCAGUGUAGCCAGCGGCUCCAGGAAUGCCAGCAUGCCCUGCUCAAAGGAGGACAUCUCUGGCCUCCGCCGCUUUCUACCCCUGCCCUCUUCUGGGGGCUGCACGUGCCACUGGCUCCUACCCACAGGUCCACCCACAGGUCCACCGUCCGCUGCUGGG